AUGACUAAAGGAAUCUUGUCCGUAUUCUAUAAGAAGUUCGGUUGUUUGGAUGAAUUGAAAAAUCAGCAGCCUAAGGUUGGAAGAGUACUGAGAUUAAAAGGUGGUCCUAGAUCUUUGCUGUAUAUGGUGACCAGGAAGUCGUAUACAGACAAGGCAAGCUACGAGGUUAUAUGUCGUGCUCUAACUAAUUUGAAGAAAAUCGUGUGCAAUUAUGACAUCAAGAAUUUGGCCUUACCCAAUAUAGGCUAUGCUCUUGAAAAUCUGUUUGUUGCAUUAACCCAAAGAGAUCGUACCCUUCAAAGUCAGUAG